AUGCAAUUUUCCGUUUUUACAUGUACAGCUGGAAUCCUCCUCCAAACGGCCCUGGCCUUACCCUCUUACCCUCGAGGCCUCCAGUCCAAGCCAGCCUCCACCGUCUUCCAGCUGGAGAGCAAUGGCACCUGGUUCGAGAACCUCGCCGUGCGGUCCGACGGCACCCUCCUCGCUACUCGGAUUGACGCCCCGGAGCUCUGGUCGAUCGAGCCAAACACCAACACCAGCCGUCCAGGCCGUGGCGCCCUCCUCACCACCUUCCCCAACGCCAUGAGCACGCUGGGCAUCACCGAGCUAGCCCGUGACGUGUUUGCCGUUGUCGCGGGCAACCUCUCCCUCCCCAGCGUCACGCCGACCCCGGGCUCCUUCGCCGUCUGGACCGUCAACCUCACCGGCACCGUCCCCUCAACCCAGGUCCUCGCACACAUGCCAGCCGCGGACUUCCUAGACGGGAUGGCCAAAUUCGGCGACGACCUCCUGCUGCUCACGGAUGCAUCCCAGGGCGCAAUCUGGCGGCUGAACAUGACGAGCGGCGAAUCCUGCGUGAUGCUGUCCCAUCCCUCCAUGGUCCCAGCCGCCGGACAGCCGCCCCGCCAGGAGGUAUAUGGGCGGUUUCCUGUUGACGGCAACGCGAGGCCCACGGGGCCGGUCGAGAUGAUCGCCAGCGGGUUGUUUUUCGAUGGGUUUGCGCUCAUGCCGGACGGCACGGCGUAUCUGACCACGAAUCCGCAGACCGAGGUGAUUGAGGUUUCGCCGGAGGGACGGGUUCGGCUGCUCGCGGGCAGCCAGUUUAUGCUGGCGGUUGGCGGAUCGACGGCUGCUGCUGUUGACCAGGAGCGGUCGGUGCUGUAUGUGGCGACGAGUGGUGCGCAGUUUGCGCCGGUUAUGGGGCGGAUGGAGCCUGCGAAGGUAGUCGGCCAUUUCGUUGUAGUGUGUUUGACGGCUGUAUGA